AUGGCCGACAAAGACUUGAUAGACGAUGAUGGCAGCGAUGGCAUUAUUUUGGUCAUGGGAGUUACUGGUGCUGGGAAGAGCUAUUUCCUGAACCAACUCAAAAGCCAAUCCGUCGUAGAGGGGCAUUCGCUGUAUUCAGAGACACAGAAAUGCCAGGCUGUUCAAAUCUUCCUCGAUGAGGAUGAGAAGCGUAGCAUAACCGUCGUUGAUACACCGGGUUUUGGUGAUACGCUUCGCGGUCAGGCAGAGAUCGUGGCCGAAAUCACAGACUACCUUGCCGCUCAGCACCUGUCCGGAAUGCCUCUUCGUGGGAUUUUAUAUCUGCACAAAAUCACAGACAACAAAAUGACCGACGCUUCUCAAGGUCACCUCCAUCUUCUCAGAAAGAUUGUUGGAGAUGAUGCCUUCACGAACGUUAUCUUGGUCACAACCAUGUGGAACACUCUCCGCAGAGAAGACCGACAACGCGCUCUACAGCGCGAACAAGAACUUAUCGACAACUUCUGGAGUCCCAUGAUAGACAGAGGGUCUUACGUCGCCCAAUUCAACGGCACACCGAAAUCGGCCUACCCACUUAUUUACCAGCUCGCAGAUCAACAGGGCGUGGUACUCGACAUGCAGAAAGAAAUCCUCGAUCAGGAUCGGUCAAUUUUAGAGACCUCCACAGGUGCGACCUUGGCCCAGAAGCUUGAGGAUGACCACGAGGCUUACCAGCUCAAGCUAUUCAGCCUCCAAGACGAAUUGGAUCAGAAACAAAGGGAACAACCACCUGAUAAAGUGGAGAUCAAGAGGCUGAAACAUGAGAUCAAGUCGACCGAGAGGGUUCUGGAGGCUAUAAGCAAUUCAGUGGAUCGCAUGAAGGUUCGGCCUGGUUCGCCGAUGCGAGACCGCAUGAAGCUGGCUAUGAAAGAGCAUGGUGCUACUGCUGUUACAGCUCUCGGAAUGGUUCUAAACAUUGCAUUUUUUGCAGUUCGGAUGAGUCUGGGAGGAAUGUAGGGUUUGUCCGUUGUAACGGUGAGCGGGGCUUUACGCCUCGCAGCCUUAUUACGAUAUUUGUUGUUGUGCAUUACACACUUCUGCAGCAGUUUUCAGCCUGUCAGCUUGAAAUUAUCAAUGGAGUUAGGCGUUAUCCAUCGAGAAGUUGCCAGUGACAAUUUGAUGCAUGCAAAUGUGCGAAUAUUGGGUGGCGGCUGAGUGGCGCGCGCGGGGUAAUGUCAUCCGAACACCUGAUAGAGGAAACCCAUGUUUUCAGCUAAGCCUUGGGCGCUUAGCGGCAGCCAUAACUGCGUGAUCCUCUAGUGGCUUUUUUCUGACAACCUUUCAAAGGGUUUGCGAAUGGUACAUGAUGCAUGGCGAUCCGCGACGAAAUGUACCAAUACUGGGCUGUGUUACACUACUCUAUCUGCUUUCAGCUUCCUCUCCGUAAAGCGAAAC